AUGAAGCUCUCUCUUCUUCUUCUCUCUACGCUGGCUGUGGCCCUCCCCAUUGCCCAGCAGCCCGCCUCCGAGUACAACCAGUUGCUUGAUCUGAUCAACAACCAGGACCUUGAGAAGCGAGACAUCUCUGGACAGCCCACCAUUGUCAUGUUCACUGACAACUCCACCAUCUCUGACAAGCUCGCUCAUGUCAAGGCCAUUAUUGGUAAUGAUCACAUUGAGAAGCUUUACGAUGUCUCAUCUACUGAGAAGGGCGCUGGUGUUGCUGGCUACGUCGGAACCUUUUCCAACGAGACCCUGGCUCUCAUUGCCGAUGCCGGUUGCAUCUCCAUUUUCCAGGAAGAUAUUAUCGUUAAGGGUCUUGGCCUCGAGGAGGACCUUGAGGAGCGAGAUAGCUCUAUCUACACCACCGAAUCCGGCCAGCCCUGGCACCUUGGUCGAAUCUCUCACCUGCAGAACCCUCGAAACACCCCCCAGGCUUCCGAAUACGUCUACCGAACCGGAACUCGGGAUACUAACAUCUACGUGGUUGACUCUGGUGUGCGAACUUCUCAUGUUGCCUUUGGUGGCCGAGCUCACUGGGGUGCCAACUUCAACAACGACGUUGACGAGGAUGAACAUGGACACGGUACUGCUGUUGCCUCCAUUGCUGCUUCCAUCUCCAAGAACGCCCAAAUCUAUGCUGUCAAGGUCCUUGGACCCCAGAACACCGGUUCUCUGUCUGGCAUUCUCGCUGGCAUGGAGUGGGCUAUCAACCACGCUGCUGGUCAGAAGGGUCAAUCUGUUAUCAACAUGUCUAUUGGAUCUGAUAGCACUGAGGUCUACAAGACUCUGAUCCAGAAGGCCCUUGAGAAGAACAUUGCCCUCUUCUUCGCUGCCGGCAACAACAACGAGGACGCUUGUACAGUCUCUCCUGCUCGAUUCGCAAAGGACUUCACUGGUGUCUUCACUGUCGGAGCCUCCAACCUUGCCGAUAACAUGGAGGACUGGUCUGGAUACGGUAACUGCGUGUCCAUGGUUGCCCCCGGUGUUGCCAUUUCCUCUGCCUCUCGACGAGGAGAUGACGUUUGGACCUCUUGGAAGGGAACUUCCAUGGCUUCUCCCAUUGUGGCCGGUAUUGCUUCUUACUGGAUGUCUAUCAUCAACUUUGACCUUCCCUCUCUCGAGUGGGUCCUCACCCAGAGCAAGGGCCUGGUCAACACCCACAACAACACCCCCAACAUUCUGGCCUGGAACUUCCAUCCCUAA